AUGACUGUCACGAGUACGGUGAUGCAGAACCGCCGGGCCCAUGCCUCGGGAAAGCGCCCGCUGCGACUGCCCAUCAUCGCCCCCAAGGAAGAAUCCCCCGGUAAAUUAGAGAGUGGCCUGAUUGCUCCUCCACGUAUCCGUCUACCUCCGCGAUCAAGAACUGGCUGCUGGUAUCAAUGCACUCGUCUCGGCCACAGCUGUGACUACCGCCCUCGACUGGCCUUUCGCGAUGACACCCCUCGCAUCAUGGGCCGCAUGGCCGACGUAAAAACCGAUGGCAACAUCGUCUGGGAUCUUUCCUCCCCGCCUGUCAGUGAGGAGAAGGCCGAUUAUUUCUCCUGCAAGGAAGCUCUCCCCGUCUUCGCCCUCCUCACUUCGGAUGAGGACAGGGAAAAGAAGGCCGAGGGCAGCAGUCCUGGUACUUUCCACGUUGUCGUGACUCCAGACAGUUUCUCGGCCUUGCCUGAAUAUUCCGAUGAUGGCGAUAGGUCACGAUCCAACGGUGCGUCGGAGUCUGUAAGCUCUGCGGCGACGAGUCCCAUUACUGGCAUUGUCAAGUCAGAAGGUACUCGGAUCCUCAGUGAAGAUCCCAAUGUGGUCAUCUUGAAGACUUUUGAAGAUACAACGCGCCGGUCUUUAUCGACGGGGAGGAUGUCGCAGAUUUCACCUACGUCGGAGAUCUCGGAUCCUUUCUGUUCUCUCUCUCUUUCUCCUAUUCUUGAUUCUCUCCCUUCUCCUGUUCUCUUUGAGGAUGAUCAGCCGUCGUUCAUUGUUGAGAGUUUAAAUCAACAUCAACCAAGUCAGGACACAACUCUCUUUGCGCAUUUCCGACAUGUCGUCUGGAAACAAUUAUUUCCUCAUGACCGCAGUCGAGAUGAUUCAUUCGGUCUAGAAACCCAUGGUAUGACUCUGAGUGUGGAAUUUCUCGAGCGCGAGGCGGCUCGUUUCCCUCCUCUUUCCCACGCUAUCAUGGCUGUAUCAGCUUUGAGUCUCUCACACAGCGGCACUGGACAGAGUCUCGAUGCUUUGCAGUAUUACCAGCAAGCAUUCCCAUCUCUUCAAAUCAGCCUCCGCAACAACGACGACCUCGUCUCCGACGGACUAUUCCUCACCCAUUUCCUCCUUCUGAUCUACGAGGUCGCAGCAGCCGAACCCCACGGCUCAAACCUCUGGUCCCAUCACAUCUCCCGCCUCCUCCACAUAACCUUCCUCCGCCGCAACCAAUACGGCCACGAACCACACCCCUUUAUCCUCUGGUGGAUCUGCCAUAUCGACCUCUACGCCCUCCUCAGCGGCGCCGGAACAGGCGAAUUCAUCCGCGCCAUCCUAGACAACCAAAUGCUCCCCUCCCCAGAAAGCCUCCUCUACCCCUCCACCCCGGAAGGCUACAGCAUAAUCUAUGCCGACGAACACGACUCCCUCCCAACCCUCAUGCGCCUCUACACCUCAACAUUCAAACUAACCGCCCGCCUCGGCUUCCUAGCCACCCAACUCCGCCACGAAAAAUCCACCCUCCCGUUCGCAGACUUCAACGCGCGCGCCGCGGAAAUCGCCUCCAUCCGCACAUCCCUCUCCUCCCUCUGGGACACCCCAGACGUAUCAUUCUGGUCCGCCAACCGCACCGCCCUACCGCUCCGCUCAUCAGAAAUCCUCCAACAAUCCCUCGCGCUCUUCCACGCAGCCCAACUCUUUUCAUACAGCAGUAUGUGGCCAGGCCAACGCCUCGAAAGCGACUGCGACUUCAGCCCAGACAGCGAAAUAGACCACCACGCGUCAGAAAUCCUGCUAAUCGCCGAGCGCACGACGCAGACGAGACGCGCGGAUCGGCAUUUCCUCGUUUUCCCGCUGUUUCUGGCUGGGGCGACGGCUUCGGCGAGCGGGUUGAAGAUGAUGGCUAUGGAGUUGAUGACGGGGAUGGAGGAUGAGGAGGAUGGGUUGGGGCGCAAUGCGGCUACUACGCGGGCUAUCUUGCAGACUGUUUAUGAGAGGCAGCUGGAGAGGCUUAUGCGGGUUGGGCAUACUUUGGAUGUGGAUUGGGCGGAUCUUAUGGUUAAGGAGGGUUUGCAGAUGGUUAAUUUUGGGUUUUAG